AUGGAGGAAGAAAUUAUAGAUUUCGAUUUACUCGUAACUUUAGAAAAGCUCAGUUCGACAGCACCACAUAAGAAACGAAACUUGCUUAGCAGCAAUGACAAUAAUUCAACAGAUAGCAGCAAUGAAUUAAUAAAUCAAGUGGAAAUGAAUAUAGAAGACAUUAGUUCUCUUUACUCGUCCUCGCCGGUUUCUCUAUCUUCGCAAUACAUAAAAAGAAAACACAAAGUUAUAACAACUUCAACAUCGCCAAUAAAGACGCCGUCAAAACCAAAAAAGCAAACAUAUAGUUUGGAGGUUGCAGAUUAUUACCUCGAAGGAGGAUUACGCAAGGUUAAACCUUACUAUUUUGAGUUCCAAGCUUACGCAAAAGGUCGAUGGAUUGGAAAAAGUAUUUCGGAUGUUUUUUGUACAGAAUUUCGUGAUCAGUCUCCCGAAUAUUAUAAAUCAGCAAUUCGCAAAGGUCUGAUUACAAUAAACGGAAACCAUGUCUCCGCGGAAACUAUUAUUCGAAAUCAAGAUAUAAUAGGACACAAGAUUCAUCGACAUGAACCACCUGUUACUGGACAACCGAUUGCUAUUUUGAAAGUUGAUAACGAUGGUGUUCUUGUUAUCGAUAAGCCAGCCAGUAUACCAGUUCAUCCCACUGGGAGAUAUCGACACAACACGAUUCUUCAUAUUCUACGAAUAGAGCAUGGGUUUACGAAUCUAUUUCCCGUAAACAGACUUGACCGUCUCACAUCCGGCGUCAUGAUUCUCGCACUCAGCAAAUCAAAAGCACAAGAAUUAGAAAAACAAAUGCGAGAUAAAACUAUCAGAAAAGAGUAUAUUUGCCGUGUGGUUGGGAAAUUUCCGGACGGGGAAAUAAUAUGUGAUAAGCCAAUACGUGUCAUUUCCCAGAAACUCGGAUUAAAUAUGGUUCACCCGGAUGGUAAAUCGUGUACGACCGUCUUUGAACGAAUUAGUUAUAAUGGAAGAACGAGCGUGGUGAGAUGUAAACCAUUGACAGGUCGUACACAUCAAAUCCGAGUACAUUUGCAAUAUCUCGGUCACCCAAUUGCAAAUGAUCCAUUAUACGCAAGUACUAAAAUCUGGGGAGAAAAUUUAGGCAAAGAAGGUGUUAUACAGGAUUCGGAACUCACUAAAGAAAUAAUGGAGAAAUUGGCUAUGGAAGGUCAAAAUGAGACGCUCGAUCAUGAAGAAGCUGGGCAAAUAAUAGUGAUGUUUAAAGAAGAAAACAAUAGAAAUAAUGAGAUAAUUGAUAUUGUUAAUGCCAAUAGUAGUGUGAUAUCAAGAACAAAUAACCAUGAUUCUACUUCUAGUCAUAACCAGCAAAAGGAAACAAAAAAGUCAUCGUCAUUUUAUGAAUGUGGAUGUACGAAAUAUCCGGAUCCAUUACCACCUCAAUUAUUGAUAUGGUUACAUGCACUUAAAUAUCAAGGAAUUGAUUGGGAAUAUGAAUCAAAUUGGCCUGCUUGGGCAAAUAAAGAUUUUUCGGAGGAUGAAGCUUACUUCUAA